AUGACGAGGGCAUUCACUAUUCCCGCGCGACUAGCCCGCUCGACGGGUGUUUCGUCGAGCCCUGCUGAGGCUAGGAGGAAGGUUUUGGAGUUGUACAGGGACUGGUAUCGUUCGGCCCCCGAAAUCUGCGCCCUCUACGCCCUCAGCGUCUCCCCCGCCUACGUCCGCCACGCCAUCCGCCAAAAAUUCGAGAAAAACCGCUACCUCACCGACCCCCGCGCCAUUGAUGUUUUGAUCCUCAAGUCCCGCCAGGAUUACCAGGAGACGAUGAACUGCUGGAACCAGACGGAUCAUGUUAUGGGCUUGCUGUUGAAUACGGAGGAGAGGCCGCAGAGGACGUUUUUGCAGAAGUUUUAUGAGGGGCGGGACGAGGACGCUUCCAGGCCUGCUGCUACCGGUGUCCUAUAA